GUUGUGAUAAACUUAUUAAAUAGAUGUAGCUAUGACUGUUAAUAUCAAACAGCCCGAGAGGUGGGGCUGGGUUGAAAAGUACAUGGAUCUAGAAGAGUUCCAAGUCACCCAAGACGAAGUCAAUCUAGCCUACAAGUUCUACGAAGUGCCAUGCUGCUCCUACGAAACAGAAAAACACCCUGCACUUAACUGCAGAUCGAAUAUUGCAUGUGUGCGUAAUUUGGGACAGGCGAAGCUUGAAUUAACAGAAGAAGCUGUGGCGGGCAAGAAACGAAAAGCAGAGAUACGCGCCCCAAGUGUUCGUGAUGUUAAGACAACUCCUGUGGGUCUUGAGAAUCUAGGGGCCACGUGCUACGUGAAUUGUUUCCUACAACUCUGGUUCCACGAUGUUGCACUGCGCAAUCUGCUAUUCCGACUCUCGGUGCUGGUUGACCGCAGAGAGGACGUGCUGAGCGUACUUGAGAAUUGUUUCUCUGCUGGGAGUCACAAAGUGGACAUUGUGGUCCAAUUGCGCAAAAUAUUCGCAAUGAUGCUCUACACACUCAAGCCGACUAUGGACCCGACACCAUUCCUAGACUCACUCGGAAUCAGCCUAGUGGACCAGCAGGAUGCGAGUGAGUUCUGCCAGCUGCUCCUUUUCCAGACCCUGGAAGAUCCAAUUAUGAAGUGUGUAGAGAUGGUGGAUCCGACAUUUACCCAUGGAACUCCUCAGGAGUGUACAGUUGGCAGCCAGCAAGCAGGGCAAUCAUCGGCUGCCAUCGGCAGCAAUAGUGGCAAUAGUAACUUCAUGUGCAAUCGAUUCUACGGGUCUCUCAGAGAGGAACGCACAUGCAACAGAUGUGGCAGUCUGACUGGCUCCGAUUCUGUAUUCACUCAUUUGAGUCUGAACAUCACAGAGUGCAGGAGUCUACAGGACUGCAUGCAGAUGUUCUUCCAGGAGGAACUGAUGGACGGAAACAACCUCAUUUACUGCGAGACAUGUGGGAUGAAUGUUGCGAAGACGAGGAAGACGUCUAUUGGGAGACUGCCUCGGGUGUUGUAUGUGCAUCUGAUGCGGUUCCAAUGGCAACUCACCGGUAGAGUCAAGUCGAAACAGAAGAUAGACAUCCCACUAUACUACGACUUCCAACCAUUCUUCGACUUGAAAGGGGUCCAUUCUGGCGCAUUCUACAAUGACACAAGGUUCCAAUUGGCCGGAGCAGUGUUUCACAUCGGAACCUCAUCUACAUGUGGACAUUACAUGGCCUCCAUCAAAACCUCGAAGAAGGGACCUUGGAAGGAUUUCAAUGACACCAAGGUCAAAAACUCAACUCUAAUAACAUCAUCAACUUCGAACAAAUCUGAUCCAGAAUCAUCAUCAACCUCUGGUGCCAAAAAGUCAUCGGCAAAAGUGCCAAAAGUGAAUGCAGCUAAUGGACCGAAACAUGCGGCUAAUACUACUGGCAGCCCUGAAUUUUCAUCAUCAGACGCGUACGUUUUGGUCUAUGUUGCAGACAACUAUAUUGACGAAUAUUUCUGCAGUUCAAAAAGUAGUGCUAAUGGUAAAACCAGCAAAAAGACUGCCGAUGGUGGUAAUCGAGCGAGUCCUGUGGAAGUCAAUAGCAUGUUUAACCCCCCUGCAACUCCGAAUGUAGAUGAAAUUAGUAAAGGGGGUUCUAUGGGCGAUAGUUUACUAGGACAAAACGUGUCGUCACUGCCGUUAGAUUUGGAUCGAUAUGUGAGUGAACAGAAUAGUUUGUUCGUUGCUAAAAUGCGUGAAGAUGAGAAUGCAGUGAAGAAGAAAUCGGCCGAUGCUUCGGAUCAGGCGGUGUACCUGGCAGACUUCGCGUCCAGACUUCCCAGUUAUAAUCCUGAUUCAGAAAACCACGCGUACGUGCCCAUGCCUCUCAUCCGGAGGUACUUUGAGGACCCAGGUGCUGCUCUGGUAGAGUAUGGGUGUGUGGAUUCGCAGUCGAAGUUCCUCUGCAGCCAUGGGAGACUGUCACUGCAGAAACUGACUUCCAAGAUACCUUUCAAACGCAUAUCAGCGUCAGCUGCUAUGACCUUGAAAAACAGUGGCUUUAGUCUGUUCUGGAAAAAUAACAUCUGUCGUGACUGUGUGCAAGAGGCAGUUGAAUGCUACGUGUUCGAGGAGCGACUUAAAACUGAGUGGAAAUGUAUGUUAAAAUAUACGAACAAUUCUACUCUCACAAACAACGUUGAACUUGUAAGAUAUCUGUCAACUGCGGCCAAAGCAACAACACAUGUGCAAGUGGAUCUGAAACUUAAACCGAAUGGAGUGUUCCAAAUUGAGAAUGUAAUUGACAGAGGAGUCAAUAAUGGGACUGGAAGUAUAUCUGGCAAGCAGAUAAAUGAGCCGAUGGAUGUAUCGGACGAAAUCAGAGUAGUAGGGAAUGAAAAUGAACACGCGGGAAGAAGUGCCGAUUGUUUUGUGGUGAAUCGGAAGCUACUGAAGGAGUGGAGGAAAAUAAGAAAGAAUGCAAUAGCUCCACAACACAGUGUAGCCGCAAAGUUAGAUGCUGACGAGAGUAACGGGGGUGAUCUUGUGCACCAAUCAAGUAGCCCAACUGACGAUCCGGGAUCCGAGGGGUCGACGGAGGCACCAGUGACUAGUCUAACUGAGGAACUUAUUUGCAAUCAUCAGAAAAUAAACCCAGAUGAAAGAAGUUGGGCUUUGAUUGGGUCUGAUGGCAUGCAGUAUGUGCUGAAAUAUUUCCCCAGAACUGAAAAAAUUUGUCCUCCAGGUGUAAAAGUUUGUGGGGGUUUCGGUGGAUUUGGAGACGUCGAUGUUGAUAUGGUGCCGUGGGAGAUCUGUGCAGAGUGCCGACAUGUAGCGAGGCAAGAAGAAGAUUUAACAGAGGUGGCUAGAAUGCGACUAAAACCAUAUCAAAAUAUUCUGAAGGAGUUGAGAAGGAAUCAGAGUUCGACUUCAGUCGGUCGAGUGCCUCCGCUGGACGGGGUGUCUCGUCUCUAUGCAAUCCCACUCACUGUAUUGGACGAUCUUCAAGAUUUGAUCAACCGCUUCAAAGAAAAUUCGGGCCCCCUGACAGGAGAAAUGUGCGAAUCAGGUGGCCCAUUUUUCUUGGUAAAUUGGGACCCCUUCUAUUGCAGCUGUGAAACAAGACCAAGGAAAAUACCUGUUCACGUUGACGGACCAGAGACGCCACGUGAACAAUUUCUUAUCGAACAAAUUGACCUUGAAUAUUUCAUAAUCACAGAUGAACAAAAGGCCACGCUAGAGAGUUUAAAUAUCGGCUUUUCAAACUCGCCAAUAUUCUUCGAAAAAGUUGAAAAAUUGUCGGAAAACACGGAAGUGUUUCUCGAUAAUGGAUGCGCUGGACAAAAUAUGCCAUGCAAGUGGAAAAUAAAUGCUCAUAUAUGUUUUCAAUGUUGGAUCAAAAUAACUGAAAAAGCUGACCAAGACCAGUAUCGUUACACUGAAAAAUGUGUCUACAUUGUCCCGAAAAACCGUCUUAAUAAGAUCAGAGAAAUUUCAAAAUACAGCGGGGGUAAUAGAAGGUCACACCAUUUGUAUGGGUCUCUGAAUGUCUAUGUGAACUCGACGGAUACGAUAUUUGACUUGAAAAAGAAACUAGCACCUCGCGUUCGAAUGUUCAUUUCAAAUAUAGAAUUGUCACGCUUCAAUUCUGAUUCACAGGCAAUUGAAAUCCUAGACGACGACGAACGGACUCUUGAGUGCUGUAAAGUGAAACCACUGGUGCAUUUGAUGUAUGAUGAGAAACCAAAGGAUCCGAAUGCACCUAGUGUUCCAGACACUGACCACAACUACAGGGAAGCUGGAUUUGCAGGCUCAAAUCUGCUCUCAGGAGCAUCCUCGACUGGAACCAUUGCUACCCAAAAAGCAGACGGAGUUAUUAUCGGAAUCCAAAAGUCAGAUGGUAAUAUUAUCGGAAUUCAAAAGUCAGAUGGCGAUAUUAUCGGAGAUCACAAAGUAGAUACCAUGAUUAACGGAAGCCAAAAGUCCCAGGAGAAACCGGAUGAUACAGAGUAUCAAAAAAAUGGUGAAAACAGCAGUGAAAUGAUGUCUAACGGAAGUGAAAUUUUUGCUUACUUCCCUCCGGUGGUUAGUAAGGAAAAAGAUGAGUUCUAUUGCCUCGAUGAAGAUAUUGCCGGUCCUGAAAAAAUGGAUACCGUUGACUGAGAUCCUUUGAAAACUAGAAAAGAAAACAGAAAUAUAUAUUAUUGGUUUUGUGGAGAGUUUCUUCUCUGAGCGAGUGUUUUGUUUUUGAUGUUUAAACAAAUGGUUUAGUUCUGCAAAUA